CUCUUGGCCUGAAUUUCAAGUUCAGCUCCACUUCUUACUUAUCUUUUCUGUGCCCAAAUUCCCUCUUCCAUAAAAAUGGGAAUAAUAGUAGCACUUAAUUCAUAGGGUUGUAAUGAUUUAAUGUACUGAAUUUCAUGUAGAAUACCUGCAACAAUGCUUGGUGUAUAGUAAGCUUGAAUAAAUGUUAGAUAUUAUAGUUGUCACCUCACAAAUUACACAUCUAAACUAAAAUAAUAAUUGAUUAUAUUACCUUCCAUUUCCAGCUUUUUAAACCACUUAAAUAGCUCACUAGAGGUUAUAAUCCAUAGCUACUAUGAAGCAAGCUCUCACCAUGGCCAGGCAGCAUAUCAUAGAUUUAACCUUUAUUAUCCCAAUGCCCUCAGUAACCCUAUAUGUAUUAUUCCAUUUGUAUAGUUAUAAUAUAUUCCAUAACAUUGUUAUCCAGUCCAAACUCACAGAAUUAGCAAAAUGCAGAAUUAGAAUUUAAGUCGAGUUUUUGUGUGGUGCAAAACUAAUGCUCUUUGCCUUGGACUACAUUGCCUAUUCAUUGUCAGAAAACGGUACCCCAAAAUUUGGUGCUUUGACAUGCUGAACUAGAGAAGCAGCCGCAAGGUUUCUCUGAUCUCCCCACCCCACCUCCUGCCUCUCAAUCCUCUGCCUCCCCCAAAACACGGGAUAAGACUGUUCUUUGAAGUUUCUUAUCUACCUAGAAACCAGACCCAUCAAAGAACACAAUUGCUUUCUAUCUGCUUCCUCCCUGAAAUUUCAUUAACCAGAAGAAAUUAAAACAUAUCACAAAGCCAGAUACAGUGGUGCACACAUGUAGUCCCAGCUACUUGUGAGUCUCAGAUGGGAGGAUUCUUGAGGCCAGGAGUUUGAGGCUGUAGUGUGCUAUCAUCAUGCCUGUGAAUAGCCACCACACUCCAGCCUGGGCAACACAGUGAGACCUGGUCUCAUAAAAAAACAAAACAAAACUCACAUAAUAGAGUAAGAGACUGAAAAUUAACCACCACACUUAGAGCCCAAACUUUGCCUCAAACUACUGUUUUUUGUUUUUGAGACAGGGUCUCACUCUAUCACCCAGGUUGGAGGGCAGUAGCGAGAUCUUGGCUCGCUGCAACCUUGCCUCCAGGGCUCAAGUGAUCCUUCUAUCUCAGCCUCCCAAGUAGCUGGGAUUAUGGGAGUGAGUCACCACGACUGGCCUUCAAAUUAUUGUUGGUUCUCUAGUUUCACUUGGUUUACAAAGAGAAUAAUUUACAAGUGAAUUUCUGCAUUAAUCUCUCCUAAAAUCAUUUACUACUCCUCUAAAAUUGCCUGUAGCACCCCCCAACUGUUUCUCCCCUAUGAAAAGUAUUAAACUUCAACCAUCUGACCCUUUUUUGAGUUUUCUUAUUUUGUUGUAUUGUUCCUCUGCUUAUGAACAUUAAUUUGUUAGGCUUUUCUCUUGUUAACCUGUCUUUUGUUACAAGCACGUUGUCAUGACUCUUUUGAUGGGGAGGAAAGUGAUCACCCCCUUUCCACCCCUUCAUACUACACUACCUUUUCAUUUCCUAACCUGUUUGUAGGAGGUUACUGAAGCUUGCAUUAAUUUCUUCAAUAGAUAUUUAUCCAGACUAGUAUAAUCUGGGUGCUGGGGAAACAGUGGUGAACAAGACAGGCACACCUCAUGAAACUCACAGAACUGAAAGGUGAAUGGAUUACUAUCUUCGUCCUUUUUUUGUUUCGUUUUUUUCGUUUUGUACCUAGUCCUGCAGAUGCAUCCUUAACUUCUGCAGUGUGGUAUAUGGGAACUGGAUCCGCUCCUAAAUAGGUAUGUGACUUCUCUAAGCUUUAUCUUCUUCACUUAAAAAUUAAAAGCAUCGGCCGGGCGCGGUGGCUCACGCCUGUAAUCCCAGCACUUAGGGAGGCUAAGGUGGGCAGAUCACGAAGUCAGGAGUUCGAGACCAGCCUGGCCAACACAGUGAAACCCCAUCUCUACUAAAAAUACAAACAUUAGCCAGGUGUGGUGGCACGCGCCUGUUGUCCCAGCUACUCAAGAGGCUGAGGCAGAAGAAUCGCUUGAACCCAGGAGGCGGAGGUUGCAGUGAGCCAAGACCAUGCCAUUGCACUCCAGCCUGGGUGACAGAGUGAGAGACUCCAUCCCCCCCCCAAAAAAAAAAUUACAAGCAUCUGUAAAUACAUAAUCUCAAAUAAAAAUCUUUGUGUAUAUCUCCAUUUUUAAAAUGAUAGACACGAGAGUCUCAAUGAUUAUCUUGAAAAGAUCACAAGGAAAAUGAAACAAACAUGAAUUAAGUACCUGUAAGGUAGUUUGCUGGUUACUUUUACAUAUAUGAUAAAUGAUGGAUCAGGGACUUCAACCUAGAUCACAAAAUCACCACCACACUGCCCUGCUUCUGUCAUGGGAAACACACUUUGAUACUUUCUUCAUUCUUUCUCCACUCCCUAGACUUGAAGCCCGAGGAGUAAUCCAUCUGCAAAUAUUGAACACUUUUCAUAUAUGAAACGCACAGUACACAGUUUUUAAAAACUGGUCUCUGUUGUCAAGGAACUUUUGAGCCAUUCAGAGAGACAACACUUACACACACACACACACACAAACUGAGGGAAGUAUGAAGUGACCAAAUAAUGGUAUACAAAGAUGAUCUCAUUUGAUCCCUAUUACCACUCUUUGAGGAGGUACUAUUAUUAUUGCUCUUUUAUAGAGAAGAAAAGGUAGGUCUGUAGGCAGUAAGCAAGUCUCAAGGUUACUCAAGCAGGAAAGGGCAAAACAGAUUCAAAUCCAAGUUCUGACUCCUAAGACUUUCUCUAACUAUAUAUGGUAAGACAAACCCAGAAACUCCAGUUCCCUAAGCAAGUAAUAGACCCCAUUUGGCUAGGAGGGCUGGAUAAAUACUGAGAAAGGGGGAAGAUGAAGCCGAAAACGUAGGCUAGGGCCUAAUGUAACUCACGGACUUCAGAAUGCAGACUGUAGGAAUCCACUAAAGGUAGUUCUUAGUAAGGCAGAAAUUACUGCAGUCUUAACUUGACAUAGUAGUUUCUCAACUUGGUAGAAGCAGACUAUAGAAAAAGUAACUUUACAGUUGGCUACGUGACUUAGACAAAUUACUCUCUCUGACCUCAACUCUCACAGCUAAUUGAGAGGAGAAUUCUAUAUUUGGACAAUCGCGGUGAUUAAACGAGUGUAUGAAAGGCGUCUGAAGCUAGGGGGCGCUAGAUAAACGCUGAUUUUCCCUUUAAAUAGGGAAAAAGAAUGCAGGCUUUUUGUUUACAUAGAGUUGGCAGGCAUGCGUUAUCCAGCAAGGCCGGAACGGAAGACCCUCUCAGCCUCAGCUGCAACCACAUCUGGGUAUGCAGAAACCUUCUAAGAUCCCAGCGUUUCCAGGGAGAUACUCCAUUUCCCCCUCACUUCUCCGGACCUGUCGCCGGACCAUGAAGACCUGACUGCCCUCUAAUAAAGUCCCUAGCCAGCACUCUUAGACCGCCCAACCUUCCCAGCUCUUCCUUCCGAGGCGGCUACUCGAUGACAUCACAUCCACUUCCGCUUCCGAAGGCGGCCUCUUUUCAUUCCUCAGGACCGCUCUAGGCUGCCACCACGCCGGCUGGCCCCAAAAACUCAAUGGUUGUUGGGCGGGGUCGUGACGUCCUUGGCGUGGCUGCAGGGGAGGCCGCGGCGGGGAAAAUGGCGGACGGGAAGGCGGGAGAGGAGAAGCCUGAAAAGUCGCAGCGAGCUGGAGCCGCCGGAGGACCUGAAGAAGAAGCAGAAAAACCUGUGAAAACUAAGACUGUUUCUUCCAGUAAUGGAGGGGAAAGUUCCAGUCGCAGCGCUGAGAAGCGAUCAGCUGAAGAAGAAGCUGUCGACCUCCCAACAAAGCCUACAAAGAUCUCCAAGUUUGGAUUUGCCAUAGGUAGUCAGACGACAAAGAAAGCAUCAGCCAUAUCCAUCAAACUUGGAUCAAGUAAGCCUAAAGAAACUGUUCCAACUCUUGCUCCAAAAACUCUUUCAGUAGCAGCAGCUUUUAAUGAAGAUGAAGAUAGUGAACCAGAGGAAAUGCCUCCAGAAGCAAAGAUGAGGAUGAAGAAUAUUGGAAGGGAUACACCAACAUCAGCUGGACCAAACUCCUUCAAUAAAGGAAAGCAUGGGUUUUCUGAUAACCAGAAGCUGUGGGAGCGAAAUAUAAAAUCUCAUCUUGGAAAUGUCCAUGACCAAGACAAUUAAAUGAUGUUUUGAAAUUGGGGUGUGGGGUGGGUGUAAAGUUAAAAGGAACAGUUUCCUUUUUUAAAGAAUGGUAUAAGACUAUCUUUGGAGCCGCUUUUUUUUUCUUUUUCAUUUUUUUAAAAGAUUGAGUGAUACACUAAUAAAUGAGAGUUUGAAAUUAGAGGUAAUUUAUGUUUUAUAUACAGAUUUCAAGACAUUUGCUAAUUUUGUAGUUUCAUGUGAUUAGUUUCCAAAGGUUACAGAUAAUAAAGAAAUCAGAAAUGGUACCUUUUUAAGAAUUGCAUAUUUUUUUAGACACAACUAUUAGCACAUUAAGAGGGAAGCAAAAAGUUACUGUCUAUUUAAAACUGCAAGCAGUUAACUCUCUUAACUCCCUUAUUACCUAAACUUGUCUGGCUCCCAGGAACAGCCUUAUAGAGAGAGGGAGUAUUGUAUUGGGAAGAAAAUGUUACUGAACUAUUGACUGAAAGUAAAUUUAGAUAAAAUACAGCUUUUUUCCUUAUGGGCAUUUGUUUUGUUUCAAGUCUUCAUAAACUAGUAUUGCAUUGCUAUCCGUGGAUACAGACGCUUAGCUCUUAAAAGAUUUUUUUUUUUUAUGUAAACUGUUGAAUAUUUGAAAUAGUCCACUUCACCUUAAUGGGUCUUGUCUAUCUUCAUUAGUCUUCAAAGAAAAACCAUUUGCUACCAAAGUAAAUCAGUAUUUUGAAUGUGCUUCUCUUGUUUUUUGUUUAUUAGCUAGUUCCUGUAAACAUUUCCACCAGAACUUGAGGCAAAUCAUAAGGAAGCUGUUUCUUUUAAAACACAAACCACCACCAAAAAUUUAAAUGUACAUAUUGCUUAAGUAUUUGGCUGUUUUUAUUUUUUAAAAGGUAUAAACACCAAAAAAAAAAUUAACAUUGUAUGAAGAUGGAAAACAAGAAGAUGCACUUUCUGUAACUUUGUCUAAGGAUUUAAAUUACUAACUUGUGAACUCCAAUUUGAAUUGAACUUAACUAUCGGUUUUCUUACUGGUAAAAUUAUAUGGUUUAUUUUAAAUGCGUACAUAUUGACCAAUGGCAUCUGAAAAAGCACAUUUUAGAUACUGAAAUUGAAGGAAAGAAAAUGCAUCUUCAAACAUUUUUUGGAAUCUCACCACAUAUACUUUGUUAGAUUUGUGUAUUGUAGGGUGUCUGUUUUGUAUGUUUGUAUUGUAUAUGAACUUUUUUUUAAAUGUGACAGUUAAACACAUCUUUAAAAGCAUAGUCACAGACAAAAGCAUACAGUAUAAAAAUUUCCUUGAAAACUCCUACAAUAUAUUUGGAGGCAGCUUCAGACUGUUUUAUUGGUGGUAACUGCUUGCUGAGGUCUUUUAGUUGGUAAUAACUCCAGAGAAGCAGCCUGUGUAUAUUCCUAACACUUUGUUCACUAGCAUUUAAGUUUAGAAUAAGCCCAAGUAAAACAAUGGAAAUGUAUAUAGAACUCUUAGUUCUUACAUGAUUUAAUUAUAUCAAGAUACAUGAAUUUAACUUACUUUAAUGUAGGCAAACUAUCCAUUUUUUUGUCCAUUUUCCUGUUUGUUAAAAUAACAUACCUCUCCUACAUAUUAUUUUCUUGACCCAAAUGAAAUAUUAACCUAAGGUCAAGCUGGGAGAGAGAAAUGACUGAGAUGAAUGUCUUUACUAAAAUACCAAUAAAUUUGUCAAACUCAA